ACUUCCUCGCCGGCCACCGUCGGCGCCCACCUCACCAAUGCUGCCUGCGCCAGCAGGAUCCGGCGCGAGUGCCGCUCACCACGGUCCUUGCUGUCGCGCAUUCUCGGCAGGGGCAGCAGCAGGUUCGGCUGCCGCCUGCGCAUUCCCCGCUACUGCUCCAGCGGCGCCGGAGCGGCCGCCAAGGAGGACGCCGUAGAGGAGGUGGUGGCCGCGCCGAAGGUCGUGGCGAGCAAGCAAGAAACAGAGGUUCGCGAGUCGCCUCGGAGUUCCCUGCAGGGGAUGAAGGCGGCGCCGGAGGUGUCGGCGGCGAGCCUCGGGCUGGGCGCGGGCCUGGUGCUGCUGCUGUCCAGGGGCGCGGCGGAGCUGAGCAGGAUGGCGGAGCUGCGCGCCCAGAUGGAGCGGCUGGUGAUGGACGUCAAGGCGGAGGCGCGUGGCAGCACCCGCUCCGACUUGUCUGACGGCGGCCAUGUCGACGACGGGGCCAGCGUCGUCAAGGAGCGCGUCGUCUUUAAGGACGCCGGCGGCGAGGACGCCCCGUUGUCCCGUGGUUCGCGCGAUGCUGCCUCGGCGUGCGGCGAUGCCGGCGUUGGAGAUGCCGCCGCGGCCUUGGAUCAAAUGGAAGCAGAGCUCGAGGCUGAACUGAAGCGCCUGCAGGUCGACUCCGACCACGACGAUGAGGAGGAAUGUGUUAGACCGCGGCGAGAUCACCAGCUCGAGUCGGAGGCCAAGAGCGACAUCUCCUCGGAGAGCAGCUCCCUUGCUUGCGUCGACAUAGACGGUGACCAAGACAUAGACGUGGCAACAGAAUGCAAGGAACACGAAGACAACGAGGAGGACGAUGAGGAGGAAUGCGUGAGACCGCGGCGAGAUCACAAGCUCGAGUCCGAGGCGAAGAGCGACAUCUCCUCGGAGAGCCGCUCCCCUGCUUGCGUCGACAUCGACGGUGUCCUCGGCGACGCGGCAAGAGAUUGCAAGGAACACGAAGACAACGAGGAGGAGGAGGAGGAGGGAGACACUGACGAAGAGGAUGAAGAGAGCAAGGCGUGCCACGGCGGUGUGCCGGCCCGGGUGCUGGAGCGGAGGCUGCACGAGCUCCUGCAGUCGCGGCACGAGCAGCGGAUCGCGGAUCUGGAGACGGAGCUGCAGCGCGCGCAGAGGAAGCUGCGGGACAAGGAGCGCGAGGUGUCUCGGUGGCGCGACACAGCCAAUCUCGUCUCCAACCACAAGGAUGAGUCGUUGCUCAGGUAGAACCAACGGACCG